AUGGCAAACGCUUGGAGACUCUCAUUCAUACAUCGGAAUAGAUCGACUCUCAUCCCCCAUCUCACAUCUCUUAUAGCGAGUCUCAACUCUCGCAACGACUUCCCACGCAUCAUCCAGGCUCUCACAACGCAUAACGCCGCCAUGGCCGCCGAUAUCAGGGUCUCGAUAGACCGCGGCGGCACCUUUUGCGACGUCAUCGCCCACGUCGACGGCCGCGACCAGCCGCUCAUCUUCAAGCUGCUGUCGGAAGACCCGGCCAACUACCCCGACGCUCCGACCGAGGCCAUCCGCCGCGUGCUCGAGGCCGUAGAGGGGAAGUCCAUCCCCGUCGGCGAGAAGCUCGACGGCUCGCGCAUUGCAUCAUGCCGCAUCGGCACGACCGUCGCCACCAACGCCCUCCUCGAACACAAGGGUGAACGCUUCGCCUUCCUGACGACAAAGGGGUUCAAGGACGUCUGCGUCAUCGGCGACCAGUCGCGCCCCAAGCUCUUCGACCUGAGCAUCCGGAAGGCCACGGCGCUGCACUCGGCCGUCGUCGAGGUGGACGAGCGCAUCGUCCCGGCCGACUACGACCUCAACCCGACGCCCCUCGACAAGGAGACCGCCUCCGUCUCAGACGCCGACACGGCAGAUCUCGUCCGCACGGCCAGCGGCGAACUGGUCCGCAUCCUCCGCCGCCCGGACCUGGACGCCGUUCGAGCCCAGCUCCGGGCCCUCCGGGACGCGGGCUACACGUCGCUCGCCAUCUGCUUCAUGCACGCCUACCUCCACCCGGCCCACGAGGACCUCGUCGCCUCCAUCGCGCGCUCCCCCGAGUUCGGCUUCGCCUUCGUCACCACCUCGGCCGCCACCUCGCCCACCAUCAAGUUCCUCCACCGCAGCACCUCGACCUGCACCGAGGCCUACCUGUACCCCGUCAUCCGCCGCUACGUCGACGGCUUCCGCGCCGGCUUCCGCGUCCCGCCGCGCCGCGUCGACUUCAUGUGCUCCGACGGCGGCCUCAAGGCGGCCGCCCGCUUCCGCGGCAACGAGGCUCUCCUCAGCGGGCCCGCGGGCGGCGUCGUCGGCAUCGCGAGGUCUUGCUACGACCCCGAGGAUGGCACGCCCGUCAUCGGCUUCGACAUGGGCGGCACCAGCACCGACGUCUCCCGCUACGACGGCCGCUACGAUUACCUCACCGAGACCUCCAUCGCUGGCCGCACCAUCACCGUGCCCAUGCUUAACAUCGCCACCGUCGCCGCCGGUGGCGGCUCCGUCCUCUUUGCCCGCAACGGCCUCCUCGCCGUCGGUCCGGAGAGCGCCGGCGCGCAUCCGGGCCCGGCCUGUUACCGGAAAGGCGGACCCCUGACCGUGACGGACGCGAACCUCUUCCUCGGCCGCCUCGUUCCGUCGUCCUUCCCGUCCAUCUUCGGCCCGGACGCAGACGAGGCCCUCGACGCCGCCGUCGUCGCGCGCGAGUUCGCCCGCCUCACGGCGGACCUCAACGCCCAGACGGCGCGGUCCCUGACGGCGCACGACGUCGCCCUCGGCUUCCUCGACGUCGCCAACGAGACCAUGUCCCGCCCGAUCCGCAACGCCACCGAGGCCCGCGGCUUCGCGCCCGAGAACCACCACCUCGUCUCCUUCGGCGGCGCCGGCGGCCAGCACGCCUGCGACAUCGCCGACAAGCUGGGCAUCCGCCGCGUCCUGAUCCACAAGUUCUCGUCGCUGCUGUCGGCGUACGGCAUCGCCCAGGCCGAGCUGCAGCACGAAGCCCUCGAGCCGUACGGGAGGAAGCUCGACGCCGGCGCCGCGGCCCACGUCGCGGACCGGCUCGCUGCCUUGCGGGCGCGGGUCGGCGCGGAGCUGCGCUCGCAGGGCGCCGGGGAGGACUCGGUCGUCUUUGACGAGAGCCUCGUGCUGCGGUACUUCGGCACCGACACGAACCUGACCAUCUCGCGGCCAGAGGACAGGGACUACGCGGCCCGGUUCGAGGCGACGCACCUGCGCGAGUUCGCCUUCUCGAUGGACAGGGACAUCGUCAUCGAGUCGAUCAAGGUCCGCGGCACGGGCAGCGCCGGCGCGAGGAUCCGCGAGGCGUCGGCGUUGAAGGAGCUGGCGGCUGGCACGCAAAGCCCGGCUCCCGAGCCGAAGGAGAGGCAGAGCGUCUAUAUCGACGGCGCGUGGCACGACACGGGCGUCUACCGCCUCGACGAUGUUCCCAAGGAUGUAGUCGUCUCCGGGCCGGCGCUGCUGAUCGACCAGACGCAGACCAUCUUUACAUCCCCUCCAUCGCCCCCUUCUACUACCCUCACAACGCCCACCCCUGAACCCUCUUCAUCGAUAACAGCAUCGCCCUCCUCUUCCUCCCCUGUCGACCCCAUCCAGCUCUCCGUCUUCGCCCAUCGGUUCAUGGCCAUCGCCGAGCAGAUGGGCACCACACUCCAGCGCACCUCCAUCUCGACCUCCAUCAAGGAGCGCCUCGACUUCUCCUGUGCCAUCUUCUCCCCCGCCGGCAAGCUCGUCGCCAACGCCCCUCAUAUCCCCAUUCACCUGGGCUCCAUGCAGUUCGCCAUCCAGGCCCAGCAUCGAUUAUGGGAGGGGAAGCUCCGGCCCGGCGACGUGCUCCUCACGAACCACCCGCAAUGGGGCGGCACCCACCUGCCCGACCUGACGGUCGUGACCCCGGUCUUUGUCGACUCAGACCGAGCAUCGAACUCCGGAGCGGACUCGGGACUCGAGGCCGAAGUCUCGGAACACCACCACCGCCAGGAGAUCGCCUUCUACGUGGCCUCGCGCGGCCACCACACUGACAUCGGCGGCAAGGGCAUCACCUCGAUGAUGCCCGAGUCCCGCGAGCUGUGGGAGGAAGGCCUCAACGUGCCCUCCCUCAAGAUCGUCUCGGCCGGCACGUUCCUCGAGGACGCCGUGCGCGCCGCCUUCGAGAAGGCCGGCUCGUUCCCCGGCUGUAGCACCUCCCGCCGCCUCGCCGACAACAUCUCGGACCUCAAGGCGCAGACGUCGGCGAACCAGCGCGGCAUCGUCCUGCUCCGCAAGCUCUGCGCCGAGGCCGGGCUCGCCACUGUCCACCGCCACAUGACGGCUAUCCAGUCCAACGCCGAGGCCGCCGUGCGCGGCUUCUUCCGCCGCAUCGCCGCCUCGCACCCGCGGGGUCUCGAGGCGACGGACCACCUCGACGACGGCACGCCGAUGCGCGUCCGGAUCACGGCCGACCCGGCCACGGGGUCCGCCCUGUACGACUUCUCCGGCUCCGGGCCGCAGACGUGGGGAAACUACAACUGCCCCAUCGCCAUCUGCCACUCGGCCAUCAUCUACACGAUCCGGUGCCUCGUCGACGCCGACAUCCCGCUCAACGAGGGGUGCCUGACGCCCGUCGAGAUCCGCGUGCCCGAGGGCUCCGUGCUGAACCCGGGGCCGAGGGCGGCCAUCUGCGGCAGCACGCUGGCCAGCCAGCGGGUCAUCGACGUCAUCCUCCGCGCGUUCGGGCGGUACGGCGCCAGCCAGGGGUGCGCCAACAGCUUCGGCUGGGGCAUGGGCGGGCGGGACCCGGAGACGGGGAUCGUCGCCAAGGGGUGGAACUAUGGCGAGAGCAUCGGCGGCGGCGUUGGCGCGGGCGAGGGAUACCACGGGGAGCACUCUACUCAUGUUCACUCAACCAACACGCGGCAGACGGACGCCGAAGUCAUCGAGAAGCGCACGGCGGUGCUGGUGCGACGGUACGAGAUCCGGCGGGGCAGCGGUGGCGCCGGCACGUGGCGCGGCGGCGACGGCAUCACGCGCGAGAUCGAGGCGCGCGUCCCGCUCAAGUUCAGCAUCCUCUCAGACCGCCGCGUGUACCGGCCGUGGGGCAUGGCGGGCGGCGGGCCGGGCAGGCAGGGCGAGAACUACGCGUUCCUGUUCGGCGAGGGCAACGAGGGCGGCGAGGGGGCCAUGGAGCGGAUCAACCUGGGCGGCAAGGCGAUUAUCAACCUGCGGGAGGGCGAGUAUGUGCAGAUCAACACGCCAGGUGGCGGCGGGUAUGGGGGGGAUGAGGUGGAGGACCGGCACAGGGGGUAUGUCUAA